AUGCAAGGCGAUGAUAGCCGUGACAUCUACGGCACCCGCAGUGCUGACAGCGCUGCCAACCUGCGGGAAAGAGGGCUGCCCCCCAAAGCUGCAGCGCCAGGGGCUCGCGUGCUGCGCAAGUCACUCUCAGAGCGAAGCAUUUCCACCACCAGCGAUUCCGCCUUCGAUACAGACCUCGAUGCUGCUGCUGCUGCUGCUGCCGGUGUUCCUGGCAUGGAAACACUCAGGCAAGAGAGCCUUCCCCUAGACCCCAGGCGCGGAAGGGGAUUGACAGAGCCUGGAGUAGGCGGGGGGAAGGGCGAGGGGCGGGCGGAUUGGGAUGAGGAUGGGGGGAGGAGGAGAGGGGGAAGAGGGGCGUCUGGGGCGGGCCUUCCCCCUGUUGGCGGGGGGGCUUCCUCUGGUCUUCCCCCUGGCCUUCCCCCUGGCCUUCCCCCGCCUGCUGGGGGCGCUUCUCCUGGUCUUCCGCCUGUUUUUCCUGGUAGGAGCUCUUCUGGGGGUGGCGAGGAGGCUUAUGACGGGGAUGAGAGGGUGAGGGGGAACAGGAGGCGGUCGUUUGCGGAGGAGGAGAGGGAGAGGGGUGGAGGUGGAAGGGGAGGGGAGAGAGGAGAGAGAGUGGAGAGGGGGGGAAGGCUGCCUAGGCAAGCGAGUGAGGGAGGUGCUAUGUUGAGAAGGUAUGAAGAGGAGGAGGGGGAAGAGAGGAGGCAUAGGAUGAGCAGACAAAGCAGCUUAGAGAAACGGGAGAGGGAGGAGGGGAGGGGUGAGAGGAAGGGGCGAGGGGAGAGGGAUGAGGGAAGGGUGGAGCGGAGGGGGGAGAGAGAGGAGGCGAAAGGGGCUAGAAUCCCACGUGUGCCCCGUCAAUCGAGUGUAGAUGGCGGGGUGGCGGAGAGGGAGAGGGAGGAGAGGCGGGGGGAUAGAAUCCCGCGUGUUCCUCGACAAGGGAGUGUAGAUGGUGUGCGGGGGGACAGGGAUAGGGAGGAGAGGCGGGGAGGGGAUAGGAUUCCCCGGGUUCCUAGGCAGGGUAGUGUGGAUAGUGGGGGAUGGGAGAGAGAGAGGGAGGAUAGGAGAGGGGAGAGGGGAGGUGAGAGGGAGGAGAGGCGAGGUGAGAGGGGAGGUGAAAGGGAGGAGAGGAGGGGAAGGAUUGCGCGUCAAGCGAGUGUUGACAGCGGGAGGGAGAGGGAUUGGGAGGAGAGGAGGGAAAGAGAGAGGGAGUGGGAGGAAAGGAGGGAAAGGAUUCCCCGUCACUCCAGCGUUGACGAGAGUAGGGACAGGGACAGGGACAGAGAGAGGGAGAGGGAGAGAGAGAGGGAUAGGGAGAGGGCAAGGGCUGAUGAGGCAAGGCGGGCACCACGUAUAGCCAGGCAAGGGAGUGUGGACGCGGGGUGGGGGAGAGAGAAGGACAGGGAGCGAGAGAGGGAGAGGGAGAGAGAGAGGGAGAUGGAGAGAAUCCGAGGCGGGAGGCCAGGGGGUGGGGUUCCCAGACAGGUGAGUGCCGACAGUGGGAGAGAGCGAGAGGGAGAACGAGGGGGAGACGGAGGACGGGGAGAACCCAAGGGACGGAUUGCUAGAGGAUCCAGUAUGGAUGUGGGUGCAAUGCUGGGAGGGGGGGCUGUGGAGAGGAAAUACGUGGGGCAGGGGCAGGGGCAGUCACACCCGUCUCACUCCUCUCUGCCACGGUCCCAAUCGCAGUCGCUGCAGCAGUAUCAUCUGCAGCAGCAGCAGCACCGGGCGCCUUUACCCAGACGUGCUUCUGUUGAGAGUGACCCUCAUUCCCCUCACCGCCUCUCUGGGAGUGCUGGUGGGAGUCCCCAUAGCCCCGGCGCAUCUGCUGCUGCUGCUGCCGCUGCUGCUGGGGGUGCUCCUGGUGCUGCUGCCACUGGUGCUGGCAGCGCAGGAGGGGACAAGAAAAUCUCCCGCCUCUCCUCUCUUUCUGCCGAAGACCUGAACGCGUUAGGGGCAGUGGAGGGGGACGCAGCAUGCACAGUGGAGGAAAUCCAGUCGUCCUUUUUCAAAUCCAGCAAGAAGGGGGGGCUGUUAGGGUUUGCCAAGAGGGGCCUGGCUCAGAUGAAGCGGGGGUUCUUUGGGAGUGGGGGCGGGAGCGUGCUUGGGCGGGAGUUUGGGCGGCUGGACAAGAAGUAUAUGAUGAUGGAGAAGGAGCUUGGGGCGGGGCAGUUUGGAGUGACGCGGGUGGUGCAGUGCAAGCAGACCGGGCGGCAGCUGGCUUGCAAGUCGAUCAAUAAGGGCGACCUGAAGAGCAAGGCGGAUGUGGAUGCAGUGAAGAGGGAGGUGAUGGUGCAUGAGGUGCUGGGCGGGCACGCAAACGUGGCAAAGCUGGAAGACGUGUUUGAGGACGAGGAGGCGGUGCAUCUGGUGAUGGAGCUGUGCCAUGGAGGCGAGCUGUUCGAUCGCAUCAAGGAGAGGCGGCGCCUGGACGAGAGAGACGCUCAGGGCAUCAUGCAGCAGGUGAGAGGAGAGGGACGCACAGUGCUGUCGGUGCUAGCCCACUGCCACCAGCACGGCAUAGUGCAUCGGGACAUCAAGCCCCAACCGAACCCAGACUCCUCUCCUCUUCCCUCCUGUCCCCCUUAUCCCCCGAUCCCACCAGGUGCUGUCGGUGAGACGCCAGGUGGGCUGCCAGGUGAGACGCCAGGUGGGCUGCCAGGUGAGACGCCAGGUGGGCUGCCAGGUGAGACGCCAGGCGCCAAGCCUCUUACAGAGUUUAUGGGGUCGCCAUACUACGUGGCAGUGGAGGUGGUGGAGGGCAGCUGCUCCUUCCCUUGUGCUACUCCUUUUCUCAUACCACUCCCCACCGCUCCCCACCCCUCCCCACCACUCCCCAUCCCUCCCCACCGCUCCCAACCGCUCUCCAUCACCAGGCGCCAAGCCGCUUACAGAGUUCACGGGGUCGCCAUACUACGCGCCAAGCCCCUGACGGAGUUCAUGGGGUCGCCAUACUACGUGGCACCAGAGGUGGUUGAGGGCAGCUACUCCUUCCCUGCAGACAUCUGGAGCGCGGGCGUCGUGCUGUAUGUCAUGCUGGCGGGAGUGCCGCCCUUUUGGGCGCGUACCGAAGCCGGUGUGAUCAAAGCUAUAAAGGAAGCCAAGGAGAGCUAUAGAGGGGACGUGUGGCGCGGCGUGAGUGCGGAGGCAGUGGAUCUGUUAAAGAAGAUGCUAUUUCUGAAGCCGAACAAGGUGGUGGUGGUGCUGCAGGGCCGCUAUGCCGGCCGCAAGGCGGUGAUCGUUAAGAACUUCGACGACGGCGUUUCCGGCCGGCAGUACGGCCACGCGCUCGUUGCCGGGAUCUCCAAGUAUCCCCGCAAGGUCACGAAGAAGCUCACGCCCAAGACCCUCGCGAAGCGCUCGCAAGUGAAGGCGUUCAUCAAGCUCGUUAACUACAACCACCUCAUGCCCACUAGGUACCAGCUUGACGUUGACCUCAAGAGCACGGUGACGGCUGACAAGCUUGAGAGCUCAGCCAAGCGGGUGGAGACCAAGAAGGAGCUGAAGAAGAUCUUUGAGGAGCGAUUCAAGACGGGCAAGAACAGAUGGUUCUUCUCUAAGCUCCGGUUCUAA